AUGUUACAAGAAUAUGGUGUGCGGCUCACAUAUAUACAAUCUUGGAGAGCUAAAGAAAAAGCUCUUGAAUUAGUCCGAGGUGAUCCAACUCAAUCAUAUGCAAAGUUGCCAAGUUACUUUCACAUACUAGAGGCAACUUACCCUGGUUCUUAUAUAAGAUUGCACAAAUCAGAAGAUGACCAUUUCCUAUAUGCAUUUGUAGCUCUGUUUACAUCGAUAAAAGGAUGGGAGUAUUAUAGACCAAUUGUAGUUGUUGAUGAAACUUUUCUAAAAGGAGCAUACAAAGGGACAAUGCUAACAGCUAAUACCUUAGAUGCAGCAGAGGCAUUUGGUCAAAGAUCAGAGAUAUGUAUCAUUUCGGAUAGGCAUGCAAGCAUUAUUAAGGCAACUUCAACUGUCUAUGAUGAAAUACCCCAUUUUGCGUGUAUAUGACAUUUAUUGUAAAACAUAAUGAAAAACUUCAGAAAGAGUCAGCAAAAGGUAACAAAAUUGUUCUACUCUAUGGUAAAAAUAUACACCACGGUAGAGUUUAAUCAACAUAUGACAAUUAUUGAGAAGAUAGACAAGAGGAUUAAAGACUACUUGCUGAACAUUGGAUACAACAAAUGGUCACGUGUUCAUGCUCAGGUAAAUAGGACUUGGAUGAUGACAUCAAACAUUGCAGAAUCAGUCAAUUCAAGAACAAGACAUGCCAAAGUUCUUACAGUCUUGCACCUCCUAGAAUUCAUAAGACAACUUGUUCAAAAAUGGAAUAACAAUAACAGGUCAAAGGCAAUAUUUUUAGGAUUUUACCUUGGAAAAAAGUAUGAAAAAAUUAUACAACGCAACAAAACUGCAUCAGAGAAAUUAAGAGUAUGGUAUCUGUAA